GUUUUCAGUGAUCAUGUUCCCGGGGCUGUGUUGCUGACUGACGUGUGGUUGAUGCUGGACCAGCUCUUCGGUGGCAAGCUGCUGUGCAAACCGGGUGAGUCAAAGCGAACGCAAGCCGCCACAGAGGCUGGUCGCUGCAAGAAGCUUAUGGGCGAGCUGCGGAGGGCUGCGCCGCUGCGAGAGGAAGAUGUUGAGGAGGCGGCCCAUGGGCUAUGCGCGAAGAUGCUGGCCCUCAUCAGGGAGCUCUUGAGCCUCUUGCUGAUCUUGCCAGGGGACCUAAUGAGGCAGCUUCUGAUCCUCCCAGUGAUGAUGAGGCAGCUUCUGAUCCUCCCAGUGAUGAUGAGGCAGCCUGAUGAGGCAGCUUCUGAUCCUCCCACCCCUGAUGAGGCAGCCUCUGAUCCUCCCACGCCUGAUGAGGCAGCUUCUGACCCUCCCUCUGACAAUGAGGUGGACGACGAGCGAACGUUGAUUUUGGGGGAAGGUCAGGAUGUCGCUGUGGUGGCUGACCUUGAGAAGGAAGCUUCGCCUGAUGCUGCUAGCGACUGCGAUUCAGGAGCUGCUGACAGCGAGGAUGAGGACUUGGAUGGGGAACCUGUUGAUGGCGAUGGUGCCUCUUCAUCUGAAGAGGAAGAGGAUGGCGAAGCUAUGUCAGAUGAAUCCAGUCCUGCAGGACCCGCUGUGGAGCCUAUGGGUGCGCCUGCGUCCUCGGCAUCUGGCGCUGUUGUUCCCAGUGAGGAGUGUGGGCGCAAUGAGGCUGAUUGCAUGCGUUGGGGGAUGGGCAAAAAUUGCACCUUGUUGAACUGCCCG